AUGGCCCACCACGCUGCCGAUCCAAAUCAGGACCACGAUUUCGAAGUGAUCGAUCUCUCGCCGUUCUUCACUACUCCCGGCGCCGCAAAGGAGAAGGAGGAGGCGAUAAGGCGAAUCCGCGAAGCAUGCUCCGACUCCGGCAUGUUUCUAAUCGUCAACCACGGCGUCCCCGCGGAGGCGCUGGACGAAACCCUGGCGGUCGCUCGCGAGUUCUUCGCCGGCCCCGACGAGGAGAAGCUCAAGUGGAGCCCGCGGCCGCCGGAGCCGGGUGCGGCGGCUACGAUGCCCAUGGAGGUGAUGGAGAGGACAUUUGAGUACUUUGUCAAGACGGUGGCGCCAUUGAUAGAAACUCUGAUCAACGACGCUCUGGGCCUCCCUCCAGAUCUCCUCCGCCAAUACAACAGCGAGAGGCAGUGGGAUGUAAUGCUAGCUUACCACUACUUCAAGGCCACCGAGACCAAGAAAGUCGGAUCCCACCCACACAAGGACCCAAACCUCUUCACCGUGCUGCUGCAGGACGACGUCGGCGGGCUCGAGUUCCUCCGCGGCGACGGCGAGUGGAUCCCAGUCUCUCCCGUCCCUCACUCCCUCAUCGUCAACGUCGGCGACGUCGUCCAGGUGCUGAGCAACGGCGAGUUCAAGAGCGUGGCGCACAGGGUGGUGUCGCCGAGGGAGAAGGACCGGUACUCGCUCGCGUUCGGGUAUCAGAUCGGCGGGGAGAAGUGGGUGGAGCCGUUCGCAGAGCUGACGGGGCAGAGCAGCAAGGCGAUGAACAGGUUUCAAGGGUUCCAUUACCAUGAAUUCCUGCAGCUGCUGGGGGAGAACUAUAAGCUGCAUCUGGAUCCGAAUGAUGCAUUCGCCAUUAUGGACGUCGUCAACCACUACGCUCUCCCUGCAUCACCCGUGAACCUUCCUGCUGCCACUGCACCAAAUUGAUGAGCUUUAUGGCAACCCUUUUUUUCCAAUGGUUGUGUGCUCUGUUCUGCUGUCCUGUAGUUGUUGUUGGGGGGAAAAAGCAUGAUCUGGAAUAAAUAAAACGAAUUUCAUGUCAUCUCUCACAUGCCUGGCUAUAAAAUGGGAGUAAGUUUGCAAUGAGUUUGUUUAAUGAUACUCGGGUCCAUUGUCGUCGAAGUUCUUUUAUACAUGCAUUAGAAUUCAAC